AUCACCAAUAGCCUUGUGUCUCAACGGCUGAAACCGAUCCGCAGAAGCAAAGGCUCAGUCCACCAGAGCAACUCUUUCACAGACCUCAAGGCACUAAAUGGUCGACCAGGUGCCGGUAGUGGUGGCGGUGGUGGAGGCGCCAGGCCCCUGUUCGACUUUUUCCGUGACGAUCUUAUGCUGGACCGCAAGCAGGCGCCUCAUAGU